AUGCCGUCAAAUAAGACAGAUCAGAAGCGCAAGCGCUCUGCGGACAAUGAUCGUCCCAGCAAGAAGCCCGCUCUGCAGACGCUGCCCCCGCUGGCGGCCAGCGCUGUCGAAGAUAAGAGCGAGCUUGCACCGGUGAUUGUGAACACUCCCGGUCUCUCCAGCUCAAAGAAUCUCUCGUGGAACCCAUACAUCAAAGCUCGCGCCAAUGCCUCCAAGUCUUCCACCCGCAACCCCGGUAUUGCCUCAUCAGAGAUGCUGCUGCAGUCCUCAGACCAUGCCAAGAUGGACUUUGUCGGCCGUGAAGGCACAGGAGACGACACCGACUCCCAAGUCAAGCACUAUGUCGCAGUAGUGGACCCGGAGCGCAAGACAUGGAAAGUCGUGGAGGUUCGUCGGGCGACUCUGCGAGGAGCCGUGAGAAGCCGCAAGGCCGAGGAGGAAGACUCCGAUGAAGACACGACCAUGCGCGCCCAGCGCACAGCCCUCACCAACACCUUCGGUACAAAACAAUCCCGCAAGGCCGUGCAAUCGAUGGCCGAGAACGCCCAGCUCUCCAACGCACCCACCGGCGCCGUGCCCCAAGCCGGCGCGGCCCUCAUCUCCUCCAUGCCCGCCAACACCACCUCCGGCCGAGCCAAGGAACUCGCCGUGCAAGCCGAAGUGCAAGCCGCCAAACCCCUCCCAACACCGGACCUCAGUGCCUCGCACCCCUCAGACGUCUACAAGAUCGAAACCCUCGUCCCAGGCAGCCACACAACCCUGUCCCAACUCAACGGCGUCGAAGAAUGGAAAUCCCAAGUCGAAGCAGGCCUGGGCAUCACCACAGUCUCCCGCUACGUCUCCUCCCGCGUCGGCCCAGUCGUCCACUCCGACAACCCCACCCACCUCCAGGUCCUGCGCUUCAUCCAGCUCCUCAUCGAAUUCGGCCGCUGUCUCAAAAACGGCGGCAAAGGAGGCGGCCCUGGAACCAAACGUCUUCCUCCCCGCGACGAACUCCGUCGCAUCCUCUCAAACACAACUGGUUCUGCCGCAAAGUCCGACCCUGCAGACCUCCUCCCCGAAUCAGUCAUCGAUGCUGUCCGUCGUCGCUUCGCUCCUACUGGCGGUUACGUCUCAAAGAACGAUUUCACCCUCCUCCAAACUACCAUCUGUGCCCUCUCGUUGCAUAUCCCGCCCCAGCCCGCUAAGGAUGGUGGAUCCAGCUCUUUGGGUGGUAACGCCCCCAAUGAAUUGGCUACCGAUCCUUCUGAUCUGCGUGACGAUCUUCGUCUUGACCCUACGGCUAUUACUCAGUACUUCCGCGAGUUGGGCUGUCGGAUCGAUAAGCCUCGUGAGACGGAGUUCGCGAAGUGGAAUAUCAAGGGUGGUAAGGCGGAGGCGAAUGCUCGUCGUGUUGCGCGUUUGCGUGUCCCUGUUGAGUUCCCUAAGGUUAGCCGUGGUGGUCGGAAGUAG